UGGAGAUCUAACACGGCCGUUGCAAUCAUCCGGCCUUUCACUCUCUUCGUUUCUUCCAGCGUGGCUUAGGGUCUCGGUGUGUUUUGUGCGCGACUCCUCUUUUGGCCGAAAGUUAUAGAUCAUCCCAUCCAUCUCCGGCCUAAACGCAAUCUCCGCUCUCAACACCAGGACUCAACCGUGACACCUUUGUUCUCAUACGCUUCGACGGGCUAUUGAACGCACCAUGAAUCUUUUAUCGCAAGCCCUUGAAUAUGGAGCUCCUCUAUUUAUCAUGACCUCGCCGGUCACCUCGUAUGCGGACCAGAUCCUCAGCAUCCACCGCAGCCGAAGCUCGGCUGGCUUCUCCAUGGACAUCCCAUUGAUCAUGCUUAUUGCGUCGAUUCUGAAGGUCUUCUACUGGUUCGGCGCCAAGUACUCUCUUUCGCUCCUCAUCCAGGCCGUCCUCACGAUCGGAGUGCAGAUUAUCUUGCUGAAGGUAGCCCUCGACAACCGGCCGGCCCCUGGAUUGAAGAAUGGCGUGGAGCAUGUCCCCUUCAGCAGCGUGGACAGCGGGCAGGGGUUCACGAGACCGUAUGACUUUUGGCAGUGGCGGAGCGCGAAGCCUUACUGGAUGUUCCUCGCCUAUUUCACCGUGGCCCUCGCCGUCGUUCAAGUCUUUCUUCCGCCGCUCGCCAACUCGCAGUCCUAUAUCGGUCUGCUGGGAUACGUCGGCCUCGCGGUCGAGGCGACGCUGCCGUUGCCUCAAGUCAUCAAAAACCACCAAUCGCGGUCCUGCGUGGGGUUCCGGCUCUCGGUGGUUGCGGCGUGGAUCCUGGGUGACAUCACGAAGCUGAGCUACUUCUUCUGCAGCGCGGAGGUGAUCCCGUGGUCGUUCCGGCUGUGCGCGAUGUUCCAGUGCAUCUGUGAUUUGUACCUGGGGCUGCAGUUCUGGAUGUAUAGUGGACCCUCGUUUGGGGCUGCGGGCAGUCCUUCUCGGGGUGCGAGUGAGGGGUGGGAGGUGGAGGAGAAGGAUAUUCGGAUGACUUGAUGCUUUUUGGGGUGUGUAUAUAGAUUUGGCAAUUUGCUGUAGGGCUAGAUGCUCAACUGGAUCUUCA